GUGAGGAGCCGCUGAAGGUGCAGAUGUGGGAGCGCCAUUCCUCCGCUGGGAGGGGUAGGUCACAUUGCCGUCAAGCUGGAUAGACAUUCUCCGUGAGGAGAUAAAAACAAUGGGACAGGCUGCCCACGGGUGUUUUCUUCGGAGAACUCUGCAUGCGCUGCCUGCCAACACAAACGAACCUUGAACCCUCGGAACACAGCAGCAGCGAGCUGCGACAUGCAAAAGAAAAAAACACUCAUCGCCCACUACUCUCGGUCCCCUUUCUGUCGGCGCGUCCCCUUUCUACCGAGAGGGCUUGACAAUACUGCUGUACCCACCCCGUCCGCGGCGUGGAUGAGCGCAGAAGGGGUUGUCUCGUGACCAAGAGGCAGCCCAUCAGUUCGCCUUCUUCCCUCCCGCGCCCGGUCUUUGUCUGGUCUGCUUGGCGAAGAAGUACAAGUUAGGAACACGGACUCUUCUUACCAUGGUGGACGCACAACCGUUUCGAUUUGCACAAAGGCUAAGGCCAAUCCUUCCCAGGAGCUACUCCGAGGAGGAGCCCUCUACGGAGAACUUGGGGCCACCGCCGCCGUGUUUGGAGGAUGUCAUUAGCGGGGCUGCAACGAAGCAACCGUUUAACCUGGCGAGUUUCAUGAUCUUUGCGGAGAGGAACUUGUUCUCUGAGGCGGUGAUGUUCCUGACAGAGGUGAACGCGCUCCGGCGGGAGACCGACCUUCUUCUGUUCAAGACGAAGCUCCGACAUAUCAUUCGCGAAUUCGUGAGCGAAGACGCGCCGCGACAGGUUAACCUGAGGGACGAAAUCAGGCAAAAGACGGAGAAGAGCGCAGCGAAAGUCCUGAACCGACUGGCGAAGAAACCGAAGGAGGAGCCGGAUCGUACUUCCCUUGACAGAGCCUAUUUUUCCGUCAUGAAGCUCGUCAGGGACGACCAGUACCGCAAGUACAUGGACUUCAUCGUGGCCCAGCGAAAACUGAGGCUCUCCAGUCUUGAGACGAAGCGGUGGGCAAAUAAGGAAGAGGCCAUCCGGGAGUUCUUCACGUUCCCGUCUCAGGUCGACGCCAUCGAGAGCCGACUCCACGCCUUCCUGACGGUCGUCCUGACCGCGUCCGCGAUAUCGCUGUCGAUGUUGCUGGGGCUCCCGUGGCUGUGGCUGUAUCUCACCUACGGCUUCUUGGCGCGGUUCUUGUGCGGUCCUCGUCUCGACCUUCAGUCGUUAUUCGUCCAGUCCUUCCUGCGGCCCCUGGUGGAGAAGAAAGUGACAUCUCCUAAGGACGAGUUUCUUCCCGGGUCCUCGAUGAGAUUCGCCGAAUUAGGAGGGCUGACGUUGGCGGCCGGCUGCACGGUGGCGGCGUUUAUAGGGCAGCUCGUAGUCAUGUUGGGGGUGGCGUCAGUCCUGGUGGUCUUCUCCGGCCUUCGGGCGUUCCGCGACUUGUGCGUCUAUUGUGUCUUGUACCGGGUGUUUGUGAAAGCAGCUUUCCUGUGGCCAGGGUCGAGCUGCAAAAUUCGGAACAUCACAGGGAAGGGAGCUGCUCCGAAAACGUUGCCCGAGGAUCAGGUUCGGACGACGGUCAAUCCCAUCAGCAGCAGAUCGCUUGGCGCCGGCGACGGGCGGCGCAAGGCAAUGCCGCCUUUGCUGCAGGAGCAGUUUUCUAGUAGUGCCAGCUGGCCAUGGAGGACAUGGAGAGACAUCAAGACAUCCUCCGACAAGAAGGAGGACGACGGAGAAGGGAGCAACAGCAACCCCGAGGGAGAAAAGGAGGAAGAGAAGGAGGAGUUGUCGCAAACUGGGAGUAGCGGCAGGAAUUCCCUCAACAGCUUCCCGUGUCCUGGAGAAUGUGGCAGUGCGAGCCAGGCCCUUUCAGGUCACGCUGUGAAGUUUGAAGACGGCCUCGACAAGGACGACGAGCGCCGCACCCUUCACCCAAAACCCGUGAGCAAGCGGAACGCCCUGGGGUUCUCCUCGAAGGAGACCGCAAACCUCUCAUCAUUAUCGUCAUCAGCGAUGGGCAGCAGCGGCAGCGAAACGCACAACACGACGAAGAAGAAUGUGGCCGACCUGGAGGACAUCGUGGCUAUUUUUUCCAAAAGGCUUUCCGAGAGCGACACGACGACGAGGAAAGAGGGACGAUGGCGAACCAGCACUUCCUCCGUCGAGAGCAGCAGUCGUACGACCAAGACCCUCUAUUCUUUCAGAACAGUUUCGGAUCUCGACCUGGAGAAGGGCGCCAGCAACAGCAUGGAGCAAUAUGUACGUCCGAGCGAGAAACUACCCGUGGAUGACGGUUAUAUCGUUGGUAGUCGUAAUAGAGACGAUGGUUGUGUGCUUUGAUUUGCCGCCGGAUGAUUGUGAGAAAUAACUAGCAAAGUUAUGGCAUCCUCUGAGUCAGAAGGCUACAUAUAUGCUACACAUGUUCCGGUACAUACUAUUCUACUUUAUUAGGCCAGGGGAAUGAUGCACGGUGUCAUCAGCAUCCUGUUGCUUCGUUUUUGUGAUCGGAGCUAUUGGUUCACUGCACAUGCGGACGGCACGUAAAUGCGCGUGAAUCUGUUUUCUUGGCUCCAACCGCCCCGAUUGUCUAUUUCCGUCCCAUCUAAUAGAAUAACGCAGCGCGUCUCGCAAGGUAGAUAUUUCUUUAAGGUUAGAAUCCCAGCUGGAUCACUAUUAAGGCACCCCACAGUAGUGCUUUUUCCAGCAGCGUCUGGCGAGGGGUCCGGCCCCCGAGGUCCCUACUAUCAUACGUGUGUGAUCCAGCUGGGUAACUUGCAUUGUGGAAGUGGAGAGAGGAGCAGCUCUCUCGUCGAGAGAGAGCACCUGAUUUGCGUGACGAUAAAGCUUUUGCGACAACGACGACGAUCAACUGUCCGGACGAGUAAAUCUUGCGUGUGAUGUAUGUUCUGUUCGUACGUCUUUUCGUGGCGAGUUGAACGGGUACUAGAGUUCGCACUUGAUGUGUUAAGACUUCUAAUAAAUUUAUUUAAGGAAUUGUCGAGUCUCCUUGGUCGCGUCCUUCGUGGCUGGACCUUGAGUAGGAGAUCAACGUAGUGUUUGGGGAAACGUUGUCCGCCGAACAAGUCGAGAAAUGUUAUUUACGCUCAUCAAGUGUGUCCCGUGCCGUUCGACAGCGCUCUGGGCUCGGGUUUACUAGGUUUUUAAAUUCGGAAUUUGAAGUAGCGAAGGGCUCUAGGCUCAGUUGCAAUUAAUUAUCGAUGUGUCGAAUUCCGCUCUGUCAGAAUUCGAUACUUUUUCAGAUAUCUUCUCUGAAUGGGCUUCCGGUUCUUGGUGUGAUUGAUCUCCACUUCCACUCCUAAGUCCGGACUGCUGUGCGUUAUGUCUUUGCUUUCCGCGUUGUUGGUGGUCUUCUUUUUUCGCCCGUUCCGCACUCGUGCUGUUUCACUGGGUUUACUUCCACUCCAUCUCACUCUUCUUCGCGCCAACUGUCGGCUUGGUCCUGGUUCACUUAGGCGGGAUUUUUCCACAAUGUUGCCGCAGUUACUUGUUCAUGCUCCACCUCGCUGCCGUCGUGCCGGGGGUGGCCCUAUUAUGUAGACACUCAUGUAUGUUUCGCUUGUGCAGUAGGCACCAGCAAACUUCACACCGUCUUCAGCGUGCAGGUUUCUGCGCUUGUCUGUCGCUUUCAAACUUUACUGUAGAAUGGAACGUUUCCGGCAUCUACUGUAGAGUGGUGGCUACCAGCGGGAACCAGCGAGGCUCACUGUAUUCAGCUGUAGUCUAUAUCGCUCGGUAGGAAAGGGGUAGACCCAGUGGAAAUGAUUCUCCAUGGCCUGGGGUUCAACCGUUUUCUAUUUUUCGUGGUUGGCACGGUGUUUGGUUGAAGAAUGUGUAGUCUACAGUGCAAGACGGGGUUCACGAACAAGAAGAUUUGGCAGAGAAGACGAGUAGAGUUCUAGUAGAGCAUCAGCGUAGUUCUAGUAGAGCAGCAGCGUACAGCAGCAUGCAGCAGCGUACAGCAGCAUGCAGCAGCGUACACUUACAUGCUGUACGUGAGUAGUGCACCGGUCCGGUGACUCAAAGGGCUCUCGCCUGGGAACCAAGGGUCAAGUGAGUUGGAUGCAUUAAGAAUAACCACCCAACGAUAUAUAUGGCAGGAGGGGGUCCAACCCCCCUCUCCUGUGUGACCCCAGUUUGGUCGUCUAGCUAGUAGAAGUGAAGCAUAG